AAAUCUGCGACCGAGCGUAACAAUUUCAUGGCCAUGCUCGGAAAAGACUCCAAGGCUCAGCAAGCUGCGGUUGAUGAGUAUUUCAGACACUGGGACAACAAGCCCGCUGCCACGGAAACGGAGCAGGACAGAGAGGAGCGCAAAGCACAAUAUGCUACUUUGACCAGACAUUACUACAACCUUGCUACCGACCUCUAUGAAAACGGCUGGGCACAGUCUUUCCACUUUUGCCGAUUCGGACACAAGGAAGCCUUCUUGCAGGCCCUGGCUCGUCAUGAGCACUAUCUCGCACACUUGAUGAAUAUCAAGGAGGGCAUGAAGGUGCUGGAUGUGGGCUGCGGUGUUGGCGGUCCUGCCCGGGAAAUCGCCCGUUUCACCGGCUGCAACAUUGUUGGCCUCAACAACAAUGAUUACCAGAUUGAGAGAGCUACUGCCUAUGCCGCACAGGCUGGGCUAUCGAAACAGCUCUCAUUCACAAAGGGCGACUUUAUGCAAAUGUCAUUCCCUGACAACUCUUUUGAUGCAGUUUACGCAAUUGAGGCUACUGUUCACGCACCAUCGCUCGAAGGCGUGUAUUCGCAAAUCUAUCGGGUUCUGAAGCCCGGCGGAGUUUUUGGUGUCUAUGAAUGGGUCAUGACGGAUCAGUACGAUAAUGACAACCCGCGCCAUCGCGAAAUUCGCCUUGGUAUUGAACAGGGUGACGGAAUCUCCAACAUGGUCAAGGCCGACGUGGCUAUUCAGGCGAUUAAGAAUGCCGGCUUUGAACUUGAGCUGGCCGAGGAUCUCGCUGACAGACCCGAUGCCACCCCCUGGUACUAUCCUAUUGCUGGCGACUUCAAGUACAUGGGAAGCAUUUGGGACUUCCUCACAAUCCUGCGUAUGACCAAGCUGGGCCGCAGUGCUGUUCACAAGCUGGUUGGUGGAUUGGAGACGCUGCGGAUUGCCCCCCGUGGUACCCAGAAGACAGCCGACAGUCUGGCGCUGGCUGCUGACUGUCUGGUCGCUGGUGGUAAGGAGAAGCUUUUCACGCCCAUGUUCUUGAUGAUUGGUCGCAAGCCCGAGGCAUAAACGUGUGCACUUGAUGUGUGAAGAGAAAGAGCCGAAGGGCUGGAGUGGAAAAAAAUUUGAUUUGACACACUGAGCAAUUUCUUCCCAAAGGCGGCCGACUAUUUCCUUUAUUUUUCUUGAAUCCUUUUCAUUCUUAAUUGUUUUUAUUAGAUUACCUUUGUACGACUUGAUUCAUCUAUAGACACAGGACCGAUUUGGUCCGAUGGAUCUUAAUGAUAAUAACAGAAACGUAUAUCUUUUGAUUAGAAGUAGAAUUCGCUGAAUCUGAAAAGAAGGGCGCUUUGUGAAGGAUAAUCAAAAUUUGAUGAUAUAAAGUGCUAGAGAUUUGCAUGUAGGCUGUAUAAAGCUUGCUACUUUACGUUUGGACUCUGAAUGAUUGUGGUGCAGCAGGGGCCUAUCGGAGUGAAUAUAUACAGCGGCGUACUGAUAGUGGACAAGCA